AUGCUUGUGAACAGUGUCCUCCUCCCUCAACCUUCGAUUUUUCUACCGGUUUCUUCUUCUCGGAGCAGAUCAGUACCAAGAACCCUAGUCAUGGUUAAAGCUUCCUCUGAACCUUCAGACUCUGCUUCAGUGUCCACCAAAUCAACCAGCGAUGUUGUUGUAUUCACCGCUCCUCCAGGGUUCAAACCUCCAGAGCCGAAACGAUUCGCCGUUAAAGAGGGGAAGCUCUUAGAUGUAUUGGGUGCAGCUAUCGGAGUGCUUAUCCGAUUCGGCACUGGCGUUUUCGUUUCUGGGUACUCUGCUUCUUUCGUGUCCAAGGAUGCGAUUCCAGCUGAUCAGUAUGCGUUGCGAAUUGGCGGGAUCACGGUAAAGGAAACCUCAAAGCUCGGGCCUCGUCCCGAGAAACCAAUCGAGAUUUAUGAGUUUGAAGGCUGUCCCUUUUGCCGGAAGGUCAGGGAAAUGGUUACAGUGUUGGAUCUUGAUAUUCUCUACUUUCCUUGUCCAAGAGGGAGUCCUAAUUUCCGUCCCAUGGUUAACCAGAUGGGUGGCAAACAACAGUUCCCCUACAUGGUUGAUCCAAAUACAGGAGUGUCCAUGUAUGAAUCAGAUGGAAUCAUCAAAUAUCUGUCCGAGAAAUAUGGAGACGGAACGGUUCCUUUAAGCCUAUCACUUGGUCCAUUAACGGCUAUAAUAGCUGGACUUGCAACGAUUGGUCGUCUAGGAAAGGGUAACUUGUAUACACCAGCAAAACUACCACCUAAGCCACUCGUAUUUUGGGCAUACGAGGGUUCUCCGUUUUGCAAGCUUGUACGCGAAGUUCUUGUGGAACUGGAGUUACCACACAUUCUACGCAGUUGUGCUCGUGGUAGCCCCAAACGGCAGGAAUUGCUUUUGAAAGCUGGUCAUUUUCAGGUGCCUUACCUGGAAGAUCCAAACACCGGAGUAAAUAUGUUUGAGAGUGCAGAAAUCAUAGAGUAUUUGAAGCAAACUUAUGCUGCUUAA